GAUAUCGGGUGUUUUGCAGCAUUGCAAUUAGGAAUCUUCCCGCAAUGUCCGUGUAACGGUGGAUUGGAUCUCCACGAUGUUUUCCCUUUCAAAGCGACGUAGCCUCUGUUCAAGGUGAAAAUGUAUAUCUUCAGUACAUGAAGUGUCAAUCUGGUGACCUGUACUCCUGGCCCGAUGGCGAGGCACAAUUCUACCUCCAUCCACUUUGUGACAUUGACAGAAUCCUCUUCCAAACUGAAAUUUCUUAUUGGGUCACCAGUCUUCUUGAAGUUCAUAAACUUGUAACCUGAAUGCAGAGAGAAAUAUUGCAUGUUAAUUUUAAUAGUCAGCUGUAUAUGCAGAGCCGCUGGAGCUGGCGUGACACCGUCUUCCUGCGACCCCUCGUGCAGGUCAUCGCACUUUUCCUGGCCCUCUAUACCUGCCUCAGUCGAAUCUCCGACUUCAAGCACCACUGGAGCGACGUCUUUGGGGGCGCGGUCAUGGGAGGGAGCAUUGCCGCGGCGAUGGCAUUUGGUGUAUCAGAUCUCUUCCGGCAGGGCCGCUCCGCUCACGAUCUCGCAGGGGGCAGGGGGCACGACCUCGUCUUUAUGGAAAUGAACCCUCGCAAUCGUAAAAACGACGGGCUGAUCUGAUCAUUUGUCAGAUCUGGAAUGCACCUUCUCACUAAAAUAUAAUCGGCCAGUUUGAUAUGAGAAGCAUUUUGGCUUGUCAUUGUGUCAAAUUUUUAUUUUUAUAAAAUUGCGACUAAUCUCUGUGGCAUUUGCUCCACAGUGAUAUUGUUACUCCUGUCAAAUUUGUGAGAAAAAAUUCAGACAAUGUCCAACACUACGGAGUCCAAAUUGUAACCUUAAAUCUUAAUACCUUGAAUGUAUUAGCAACCCACACUGUAAUUUUGUAUCUAUUUAGAAACAAAAUCAAAUGUAAAAUUACACAUGAAGUUACAGACAACUUGUGUAUAUGGCAUUGGCCAACCAAUUUGUGAUUUUACUCAAUUAACAUUGCAUCAGGUAUAGAGUUGAAUUAUACUGUAGUCUAAGUUGGUAAAUGCUGUAUAGCUAGCAACUCUUCUAACAAUUUUGUUUCUGCCAUGAUUUAAUAUGAUCAAUGGUAAUACUGACACACUACAAUAUGAGAUAAAAAUUUAUGCAUUUUAUUUUGCAUUUUGUGUGCAAAAAGUCAUGCGUACAUGCUGUUUUAAAAACAGGUUUCUUUACAAAUAGCUCCAUAAAACCUCCCUUAGAAUGAACACUAAUCACUGUUUUCUUUCAUGUUGAUGAAAUUCUUGCAACUCAUAUGAUUGUACAUUUUGAGGCUGGUAGUUUUAGGAACCCUAUUUAUAUCAGAAACUCUUCAAUUCUUGAAUGCUUUAUGUAAAUCAGUGAUGAGUGAACUAAAACCAAAGGAUAAUUGGUUCUCGUCCCUUUGCAGAAGAGAUACAUUAAGCACAACCCUCCCCCGUAAAAUGUUUAAUUGCAAAUUUUUCUGCAAUAGGCCUCUGAUUAGUUACCAGGGGGCCGUUUCAUAAAGCUGUUCGUAAGUUAAGAGCGACUUUAAGAAUGACUGGUGAUCCUUUCUUAUGCGCUAAACCAUCGCCAAUGAAUAUACUACUUACCACAAGAAAGAUCACUAGUCGUUCUUAAAGUUGCUCUUAUCUUACGAACAGCUUUAUGAAACACCCACCUGGUGGGUAACUUUACCCAUAACUUUACUACCGACUGGAACAUGAUUAGGGGCUUGUUUCAUAAAGGACUUGCAAUUGUUGUAACUUUGCCAUAAUGGCAACUAGCAUGGAAACCUUGAUUUUGAUUGGCUGCUGAGCCCUGUUACCGUGGUAGUUGCCAUUAUGGCAAAGUUACAACAGUUGCUAGUUCUUUAUGAAACGGGCCCCUGAUAAGACAAUUACAUAGGAAUUAUCAUGUAUCACAAGAAAGGUUCACCAGUCGUUCAUUAGUUGCUCGUAGCUUACGAACAGUUUUAUGAAACACUCACCUGUAAUUGUGUAUCUAGGGGGAAAAGGAAACGACAAUUGCAGUCCAAAGUGACAGAUUUUGAAAGGUAUCUGAUACAAUUUGCCCUUAGCUGCAUUUUUAAAUUAUGAUAAUAUCAAAUUAUUUUUAAAGAACUGACAAGAGGUGCCUUUAUAUAUGAUCUGAUUUUUUAAAUCAACUUGAUUUGUACAAAAAAAUCAACUUUUCCAAUUUUUUAGACCAAAUUGUCCUGUUGUUUGUUGACUGUUGAAUUUGAAUGAAUUUAAGUCUUGUUCAUUACAUGUAUGUAAAUAUUCCUUGUAACAUGUGAUCAUGUAUUGCAUAUUAAGUCAUUUCAUGUAUGUAUGCUGUACAGUGGUAGUAAAAAGAUCAUAGCCAACCUUGCAUGUCAGGAAUUUUAAUCCAAAACAUAAAUAUGAGAAUUAUAAAGCUGUACAUGUUCAAAGUAAUAUUGUACAGUUCUUGUAUAACUAAUACAACUAUGUUUUUAAUGAACAUCAAUAGGCCUAUAAAGGCCUUUGGUUUUUCUUAGCUUGCUGUUAGCUGUCAGUUUUCUGAAAUCAUGUUGUAUUUCACAAUUUGCUCAUAAGCUGUAGUUUCUUAUACCUUUUAUCACAUUUGAAAAGUCUGCUCUUCAAUAGUAAAAAGUGCAAUAAUGACAUGUUUGCUGGUACCUUACAAUUUAGAUUUUCAUGUAGGUACAUGUAUGUAUACUGUAGAAUAAUAUAUUGUUGGAUCAAAAUGUUUUAAAGUGUAGAUUGUAAGUAUAUGGCAAUUGAAAGUCCAAACAGUGUUUUUUUUUUAACCGAAUCCCACUCAGCAUCUUUUUCCUUGCUGACCUCUCCCAUCAGGGCAUUGACUGGUCAAUUGGGAAAGUGGGGGAAAACAGGGUUCCCACAGUCAUGGAAAAUCCUGGAAAAAUUUGUGGUCAUGGAAAGUCAGGGGAAUGUCAGGGAAUUUGGAAAAUUUGGGAAAAGUCAUGGAAUUGCAUUUACCUCUUGGCUAUGGCAGCUUUCCAGUUCGCCGUGUCUCGCAACUCUCAUACUCUGUGAUCAUAAUUGGUGUUCAUGAUUUCCAUUUUCCCAGUUUUGUGACAUCCCAAAGCAGCAAUUUUAGUCAUGGAAAAGUCAUGGAAUUCGGUUUUCAAAUUUCUGUUGGAACCCUGGGAAAACAUCUGUGGAAGACACUGAGUGUGAUUCUUGCUAAAGGAUAGGCUGUAGACUUGAUUAAAGCGUCUUUGUAGAAAUAUUGUAUUGUCUAUUUUAUUCCUUAUACUGUAUCAUAAGAUUCAUUUCUUUCUUUCUUGCAAUGCAGGAAAUGCAAGAAAUGCAGCACUUCUCAUUUUAUGAUCCGAGUUUGAAAAAUGAAGGAAUUAUGUCAAAUUCAUGUAAUGUGUUGGGGCCCAUAGGUUCUCUAACGACAGACGGUGAUUUCCGACAAGGCUUGGCUCCAAGUUAGCACCCACAUCUCUCAAGACAAGCCUUGCAAUCGUGUAUUUGCAAGGUUGAUAAAAGUUUAAAAUGUCAAAAUGAUUUGGCAGCACAUGGAAUGUCUGGUCACAACUGUAGAGUAUUUUCAAGUUCACUUACAGCCAUUGGCGGCGGAAGGCAAAAAAAUUUAGGGGGGGACGAAAAAAAAAAUUUGACAAGCAAAAAAAAAAAAAGGUUAUCGACCC